AUGGAGGCAAGUGUAGAGAAGGUGUUAGCUCAUGAGGAUAAGUACUUGGGGAAUGGAAACCAACCUUCAUAUAGAAGCUUGUUGUCAAACGGGGGAUAUGGUGAAGGUGGCCAUGGCUCGGCAGACGGCGCUGGAGUUAUGGGUGGUGGGAGUGGAUAUGGAGAAGGCUAUGGUGGAGGAACGGGACAUGGUACGGGAGGUGGUGGUGGUGGUGGUGGUGGAGGGGGAGGACAUGGCGGUGGCUAUGGAGGUGAAGAAGGAGAAGGACUUGGCGCUGGCGGUGGUUAUGGUUCCGGAGGAGGUUUUGGUGGUGGAGGUGGUAAUGGAGGAGGAGGCGGCUUUGGUGGUGGAGGCGGUGGUGGGUCCGGCUCAGGCUCUAGCUUGGGCCAGGGAGGUGGGUACGGCUCGGGCUUUGGUGGUGGCGGUGGCUAUGGAGGAGGCAGUAAUGGCGGUGGAUAUGGCUCCGGUGGUGGAGAUGGUGGUGGAGGUGGCUCUGGAGGUGGCGACUUAGGUGGUGGGAGUGGCCAUGGCUCAGGAUUUGGUGGGGGUGAAGGAAUUGGGAUUGGAGGUGGGCAAGGAGGUGGUGGAGGCUCGGGCUAUGGUUCGGGAGAUGGUGGUGGAAAGUAG